CAUGAUCGUCAAGAUCCCUAAAGGAGCCAUUUUUGGCUACAACGCGUCCUCUUUCAGGCUCAACACACAGGCCACAGGCUGUAACCUGAUGGACGAGCAGCAGUUCGUCACCUUUAACAUCUCCUUCGGUGCCUGUGGCACAAUUUUUGAGGAGACGGACACUGACUUGGUGUUCACACAGAUGGUGUCUCUGGCCAGCAGCACGAGCUACAUCGUGACCUACGACUACCAGUGUGUCCUCGUCAACUGCACCUGCAAGGUUCCACGGACGAAGCUGCUGAGUCGGGGGCCUCUCGAGCCCACCGCACUAGCCCUAGUGCUCAACCAGACCGUGUUCUCGCUCCUGGAUUUGCGCAUGGAGUUUUUCACGGAUUCUGGGUUUGGGACUCCCUUCCUGCCAAGCCAGUACCCACUCCUUGUGACCCUGGGAGCCGCGAUGCACCUGCAGGUGUCUGUGAGGAGUGCCCUGAACGUCACCAUCUUCGCAGUGGACUGCUACGCCACCCCUGACAGCAGCCCCCAGCACCCCAACAAAUACUACCUCAUCCAGGACGGGUGUCUCUUAGCGGACAUGACGAACCUCACCACUGUGGACGCGAAGCUCCACUUCCGCUUCAGGAUGUUUGCCUUCACCGCGACCGAUCGUGCCAACGUGUACAUCCACUGUGCCGUCAUGGCCUGCAAGAGGUCCUCAGCUGGCUCCAGGUGCUACCAGGGAUGUCUGCUUCCCAGAACCAAGCGCAGCCCCCUGACGUUAGUGGAAACGCCGAUCUACAUCGUCAGCCGUGGCCCUCUCCACUUUGACGCCGAGACCUCUGGCCGGGCCACCGUGGACGGCCGGGUGCUGUGGGGCGCUGCUCUGGCUGCCCUCGUCCUCCUGGUCCUGGGCCUCGUGCUCAAGUUCACCGUCUGCUUCCAGUGCCUCCGUAACCCCUCCAAAGCGGAAACCUAGACGAUUUGUGAAAUAAAGUUUUU